GGUCCAAAGAAGAGCGAGAUCGCAGAAAAAUAAUCUAGAGAUGCGAUUGGCUGAGUUAGAGCAGAAGCUGUUUGAACAGACCAAUGAGGAGGCAACGGCCACACAGCUGAAGCGGGUGAUGAACAGAGUGUUCCAUUCACUCAGAGAGGAGUUCGGCCUGCAGGAGACCUACACUGGGAGCACCGUCCUAAAGCUAGCGGUCAACACCAUCAAGAAUGUUACGCUGCACUUCCUGGCUGACCUGAAUGACAUCCCAGCAGAGGCAGAUGACGAAAGAGAGGAAGGGGAUGAAGAGGAGGAGGAUGAUGAUGAAGGUGACGCAUCCCAUGGAGAGUCACUGCAGGACAGUAAGAUAGAGGGACAGGUGGUGAGACAGGAGAAGACUACAAAAGUGGACGUGGGGGAGGUAUAUGCAGCGAACACAAAUCCCCAAGCAGAGAAGUCAAACAAGGAGACUACUGAGGGCUCCUCCAAUGGGGUGAUAGAGUCUCAGGAAUCCUCAAGCCCUGAGGAGGUGUACUUGGACACCCAGACCACCCCAGCAGAAGAGUCCCCUCCCUCUGCCCAAACACAACAGUGAGUCCAUUAACAGGAUAAUCAGUGGUAAACAAUUAUUACAUUAGGUCAAUCCAAAACAAUUCAUUUCAUGCAUCAGACUACUUUACAGCGCUACUUUAUUUAUUUAUUUUUUUUAAACCUUUAUUUAGCCAGGAUUGUCCCAUUGAGACUGAGCGUCUCUUCUGCCAGGGAGUCCUGGUCAAAAUGGCAGCCAAACAAAUAGUUCCAGACACAGACAAACACAUCAACACAUUUACAUAAAACAGUAGCAGCUAAGAGUUUUGUGAAAUACCUCUAAAAGCAAUGACAUUCCUCAGUGCACACAGUAUUCAUUUCUCUCUUAAAAGUAUCCAAUGAAGGCAAAGAAUCCAUACUCCAUGUAUUCUGCAACUCAUUCCACAGAUGUGGAGCAAAAAAAGAAAAGCUUGUUUUCUCUAAUUCGGUACGAGGGGUGACAGACUGCAGUAAUAACUUGUGUGAGGAACGUGUGCUAUAUGAUGAAGUGCAAAAAGUCCGAAGAUCACAGAUAUAGUGGGGGAGUUUGCCCAGCAAUGCCUUAGCAAUGAAAACUAUAGCUUUUGGAGGCACAAAACCACUGAAGCAUAGUCACCAUUUAUUUGGAGGUCAUGAGAGAUUCCUCCAGAGGAUUAAGAACUGUAUUAAAAUAGCUAUUAUGACAACAAACACACCAGCAACUGUUUUUUUAUUUUUUUUUAUUUUAGGAAUUAGAACCAAUGGAAAACCUGAAAUAGAACCUACAGUAUAUGAUGUAAAUUAAUAUGUAACCUCAGGGCAAUUUUCAAAAAUCAAUGUUUCA